AUGGCGGACGGUCGACACCAGGGUCAGGCCAUGAACCCUGAGAACUUCGAUGCCUCCGAACUCACCAACGCCUUCGAGCAACUGAUGCGCAACAAAAGAUUCAACCAACUGCAAGAACAGGCUCGAGGCCAAUCCCGCACACAAUCACCUGCGCCCGCAGCCAUGUCCCCUGGCCUCUACCCGCCCCAUCCCUCGCGAGCACCACCGCCGCCGCCCCCGACCGCUGCAUACCCCCCUCAAAUGCCACCGCAACCGUCAUCUCAAUCCCCCCUACUUCGCAGUCUUCCCAUCGUCCCCGCCCCCCCACAAGAUCCGGCUUCUCUAAAAUUCCGCAACCUCCUCCACGUUCUUUCCGUCACUCCUACCAAAUACGAAAAUCCUGGUCUUCUCGAUGAAGCCCUUUCCCACAUCCCGCUGGACCGGCUGUACUCGGAGGCCGAAGACGAAAGUCAGAUCAUGCAGGCCCAAGCAGCGAGUGUCGGGGGGAAGCCGGAAUGGGGUUAUCAAGACUGUGUCAUCCGGGCGCUGCUCAGAUGGUUCAAACGGUCCUUUUUCAAUUUCGUCAACAACCCCCAAUGUUCUCGAUGCUUCAUGCCUACGAUCGCCCAAGGAAUGACUCCGCCAUCGCCUGACGAGACGGCCCGCGGUGCCACUCGCGUUGAACUGUACCGAUGCUCCCAGGCUGGUUGCGGCGCCUAUGAAAGAUUCCCCCGUUACUCGGAUGUGUGGCAGUUGCUGCAGACCCGACGGGGUCGUGCCGGUGAAUGGGCCAACUGCUUCAGCAUGUUCUGCCGCGCACUGGGUGGUCGGGUCCGCUGGGUCUGGAAUGCCGAGGACCACGUCUGGACGGAAGUAUAUUCCGAGCACCAGCGGCGCUGGGUGCACGUGGAUGCGUGUGAGGAAGCCUGGGAUCAGCCUCGCCUUUACACUGAGGGUUGGGGCCGACAGAUCUCAUACUGCGUUGCUUUUUCGAUCGACGGUGCCACGGAUGUCACCCGACGCUAUGUUCGCAGCCCGACGCGGCACGGCAAGGCCCGUAACCGUGCUCCUGAGGAGGUGCUCGUGUGGGUGAUUCACGAGAUCCGGAAGAAGCGUCGAGAGAACCUAUCGAAGACGGAUCAACGACGCUUGAUGAAGGAGGACGAACGGGAAGAACGGGAACUACGCGCGUACACGGCAUCGGCUCUUGCUGCGGAACUGAACAACCUCUUCCCCCGGGAGACUCCACAAGGACGCCCUGAGGACCAAAAGGUGCCCGUCUCCCGACAGGAUGCCGCCAUGGAGUGGCUCGACACCCGGCAGCGGAGCGGACAUUCUGGCCCCGACGGAUCGCAGGACGGCCGGUAA